AUGGCCGACCUUGUCAAGCGACACACCGCUCAGCAUGAGGCGAGGGCUGUCAGGAACAGUGACUCAGUCCGUGCUGCUUCAUCCAAUCCCGGGCGAAGGGUUGUCCAGGCUUGCAAAGCAUGCUUGCGCAAAGGUGUCACCUGCGAGGUUGAUGAUACGAUUCCAUACAUGAGCUCGAGUAUUGAUUUGGACGGAGACAGCGUGCAAAUCUCCGACGCAACCGAAAUUGGCAGUGAAAGGGAUGAUAGUAUCGUUGUCCAUCAGGUCGACUCGCGGUUGCGUGGAUCAAACACCAAAUUUAUCACGCCCAUAUCAGAGCAGGCAACGAGGCACCCUGAUUCGACUAUAGCAAGGACUGCACAAAACCAGCAAACCUAUGUGGAAGAUGAUUCUGUGCGCUCAUUGGAAGACGUCUCAUCCACGGGUGUAGGAACGGGAACCAUGGGCUCCCAAGACUACGCAGAGAGGACGAUAGAGUCCGGGCUUCAUGAUCUCCCACAAGAGUACGGCGCAUCCACUCGCAGCUAUGGUGAGGUGUUGAGAGACAUACUUGGCUCAUCGGCCGCAACACCAGUUGACCUUGAGGAUGUGAUGAUGGGCGAGACGGGGGACAAUAUCUGGGACCAGUGUUUGGAUUCUGGUCAACCAUUUGCUGACCUGACCGAGUUCUCAUUCAUUGACCUAGCUCCAUUCGAUAUGGAGCAGACUUUACCUAUGACCCUGGGCAGGCCUGCGAGAACUGACGGUCAAGAGAAUACCGCAUCUUUUGAACAAGCGGCCUCAGCUGCUGCGACGCAGGCUUUUCAAUUGUCUGGCUGGAAUUGGGGUCCGAGUCCAGAAGACAGUGAAAGUGCAGAAACAACAAAUCUCAUCCUGCCCCCGGGUGACCCGCGGCCGGAGGGGGUUGAUCCUCAUUUCAUACCACAACAUUCCGCGCUUUUGGGAGCAACACACCGGAACCGACUGCUCUCGAUGCUAUUGAACCACUGUGAAAAGAAACAGUGGGUUCAGAUUGCCUCAACAUUCCCUUCUGAGCAGUUCCUAAAUCAACUGCUGCAAGUUUUCUUUGCUCUUCAGGGGAGGGAUACUCUCUCGUGGUUUCACCUGCCUACUGUUCACAUGAAAAACCUACGAGUAGAAUGUUUGACGGCGAUGGUAGGCGCGGCAGCCUGCUUCUCCCUAAAUCGAUCUGUGCAACGCUUUGGCUAUGUCUUACCGGAGAUGGUUCGAUUUGCUGUCAUUGACCAAUGGUGUCGAGAUAACAGCACCUCAAGAGACUUGCAACUACUGAACUCCAUGUUGACUGCGACGACUCUCCAAUCUUGGAGCGGCAACAAGCGUCAGGCAGAGAUCGGAGAGGGCAAUUCUCAGACUGUCAUCACCAUCAUCAGGCGUUCUCGAUGGCUUCGGAAAGACCAUUAUAGAGCAGUUUAUCCGAUGUCAGACGAUCAAGGCGCAGAUCUCGAUCGCAAAUGGCGACUAUGGGUAGAUCAGGAGUCAAAGAAACGUAUUGAGGCAACACUUUACACCUUGUAUGGGCUUUGGGCUCUCGUGUGGGAGCAACAGCAAUUCCAAGACACAAUGCAAUCUGGUGACGCGAUUUCGGAGGACGAGAUACACGAUAUGCCCAACUUGAUGCUGCCAUCACGACGCGAGCCGCUGUUGAAAGCCUUGAACGCUCUCCGCGUGAGACUGUCAUCGAUUCAGGGAGAGGAUGAAAGAUCUUCUACUGCAGAACCCAUGUUGGUAUUAGAGUACUUAAGCAUGGCCCUUCAUGUCCCGCUUCAAGGACUCCACGCAUUUGCUGGACGGGACGGGGAGCGCGAGGCGCGACGAAUCUACCCGUUGUUGCAGGAGUGGGUGCAGAGUAGAGAAGCACGGCAAGGAAUAUGGCACGCUGGUCAGGUCUUCAGCGCCGCCAAAGCCCAUUCUAGCAGGGACAUGCGCGAUCUGCGUGUCAUGUUGGUCUAUCAGGCGAGCAUCACUCUUUGGGUCUACGGGGUCAUCAAGAAAGCAUCUCGUGGGCCGUCUCGCUCCCUUCACACAGAGGAGUUUGGUCCAGACAGCAUCGUAUGGCUUGAUGGGGAGGAAAAAAGAGCCGCUGUGCGGAAGUUCAUCGCCAUUGCUGAAGGCGUGCCUGCUCUCAGAGAUGUUGUUGACGGCUUAGGCGAGGGCCCAAUCUGUUUAGUUGAGAACGCCAGUUCAACUAUGGAGGCGGCGAUCCACAUUCUGCAGAGGCCUCUCGACGAUAAAGAUGGGGCUCAACUUCCUCUCGUGGAAAGCGUCACGAAACUGAUGUCCGAGAUUGCCAAGGUUGCGAAUAUUUUAUGA